AUGGCGUCUAGGGUUGGUCAUAGACCUGAAGGUACAGAUGGUGCGGAUUUUCGUCAUAGAGAACGAGUUUGUACUCAAUACAGCUUGAGCCCGUUAAUGAAACGUCGCAUCAAAUUCGUUUAUUUACUUCACCUAAUGUUGUGGGUGCUCAUGUUCGCUCGCCUGCUACCGGAACUAUGCUUAAGACUUGGAUUCCGAACAAGGCUAAUGGUGGAAAAGUGGCCAUUUCCUCAAGGUGAGUUAUGGGAGUACGUCUGGCUUUUCGGUAGUAUCUUCCCUACCCUAUUCGGAUAUAUCUCAUUACAAAGAAGCCGAGCUGGAUUGAUGCGAAUUUCUCUUACUGGAACUGUCGUUUUCGGUCUUGGCACUGUAGCUGUUGGAUGCUUCACAAACGCAUUCGAGCUGAUGACAUAUUAUCAAAGUCGUGUGGCUAAGCACUAUUUCUAUGAAUUUCCCGUUGUCGUCUUGACCUACAUAUUUUUCUCAUUAUGUGUUCAGGUACACGGCUUCUCUGUCUAUUUCGGUUACAAGUUAUACUGUAUCUGGUCUGUUAAGGUGCGCAAAGUGCGGUGA